UGCGACCAAUCGAUUCUUCAUACAUUUACUCGUCAUGAAUCUGUACUUAACUUUAUUCUCCUUUUGCUUUUUAGCAAUUAUGGCUGAGGCGGCUUCUGAAAUUCCAGAGAAGUUUUUUGGAAAGUAUGAUCUCGACAGAAGUGAGAACUUUGACGAGUUCCUGGCUGCUAAAGGAGUGAGCUGGUUUGUGAGACAAAUGAUCAAAUUGGCAAAAGUGAGCAAGGUGCUGGCCAAAAAUGAAACUCCUGGAAAAUACAACAUGGAAAACUUGACUUCAAAGAAGAAUACACUCUACCACGGGUGGGAGCUCGGGAAAACUUUCGAGGCAGAAGGCCUUGAUGGAGUUGCACACAAGAUUACCUUCUCCUUCAAAGACGGAGUUUUGUCUGAGCACCAUAUCCGACUCAACGACCCAGAACACAGCGCGGAGACGUACUACUACACUAUCGAGAACGAUCAACUUGUCAUGAAAAUGGUCAACAAUGGAAUCACGUGCCGUCGUUGGUUCAAGCGAUCGACCGGAAAGAAGUAGAAAUUAUAAACACAACAUAAAACUGAGCUCUUCACAUUAUUAAUCACAGAUGUUUAUUUUUUCUGUCCUUUUAAAUAAACAAUUGUCCCUUU